GGGGCCGGGCGCGGGGAGGCGGCGGAGGCGGCGGAGGCCGGGGACGAAGAUGUCGUAAUGAGCGAGGCUGCAUCCGUCAGACUCCGUACCGGUCCGGCCGACGUGAGUGUUCCAGUGAGGGGUUUUCAACAGGCGCUUACCUGUUGGGGAUGGAUUCACCUUGGCUGGGGCGAUUGAUCACGAGACCAGCAUGGCCGCCACUGCCGCCGUCAGCCCCAGUGAAUACCUGCAACCGGCUGCCUCCACUGCCCAGGACUCCCAGCCGUCUCCCCUAGCCCUGCUGGCCGCGACAUGUAGCAAGAUAGGCCCCCCUGCCGUGGAAGCCGCCGUGGCGCCCCCAGCCCCGCCCCAGCCCACGCCCCGGAAGCUGGUGCCCAUCAAGCCGGCCCCGCUGCCCCUGAGCCCCAGCAAGAGCGGCUUCGGGUUCCUGUCGUCCAAAGGCAGCCUGCUGCAGAUCCAGGGAUCCCCCCUGGGCUCCUCCUACCCCGGGGGCCAGCUGGUGCUGGCCAUCCAGAACCCGGCCGUGGUCGGCAAGGGGUCCCGCUCGGCCGCCAACGUCCAGUACCAGGCGGUGCCUCCGGUCCAGGCGCCCGGGACCCCGACCCUCCAGGUCCAGCCGAACCUCGCCAACCAGAUCCAGAUCAUCCCGGGCACGGGCCAGGCCCUCCUGGCCCCCUCCCCCGCCCCCCACAAGCCCGUGCCCAUCAAGCCGGCCCCCUCGCAGAAGGCCGGGACGGCCCCCAUGCAGAGCUCGGGGGGCUUGGUGAAGCUGAGCGGGGGCGGCGCCAACGUGACCCUCACCCUGCCCGUCAACAGCCUGGUCGGGGCCGGGGAGGCCUCGGGGGCCCCGGCCCAGCUGGUCCCCGAGGGCCCCGCUCCCCCGGCCGCCGCCCGGGUCGGCAAGAAGGCCCGGAAGAAGGCGCCGGCGGCCUCGCGGCCCGCGGCCGUGGCCGAGCAGGUGGAGACGGUGCUCAUCGAGACCACGGCCGACAACAUCAUCCAGGCGGGCGGCAACCUCCUCAUCGUGCAGAGCCCCGGGGCCGGCCAGCCCGCCGUGCUCCAGCAGGUCCAGGUGGUCUCCCCCAAGCUGGAGCAGCCGUCCCCGCCCCCGCCCCCGCCCCCGCCGCCGCCCCCGCCGGUGGUGCAGAUCCCCCAGCAGGCCCUGCGGGUGGUCCAGGCGGCCUCGGCCACGCUCCCCACCGUGCCGCAGAAGCCUUCCCAGAACUUCCAGAUCCAAGCGGCGGAGCCCAUACCAACUCAGGUCUAUAUCCGAACGCCUUCCGGCGAGCUGCAGACGGUGCUCCUCCAGGAGGCCCCCUCGGUGAGCGUGGCGGCCCCCUCCAGCACCCCCUGCAGCAGCCCGGCCGCCCGAAGCGCCCAGCCCGCCGGGGGCGGCAGGAAGCCCUCCGCCCCGGCCCGCAAAGAGCGCCCUCUGCCAAAGAUCGCCCCGGCCGGGGGCAUCAUCAGCUUGAACGCCGCUCAGUUGGCCGCCGCCGCCCAGGCCAUGCAGACCAUCAACAUCAACGGCGUCCAGGUCCAAGGAGUGCCGGUCACCAUCACCAACACCGGUGGCCAGCAGCAGCUGACGGUCCAGAACGUGGCCGGCAACCACCUGACCAUCAGCGGCCUGAGCCCCACCCAGAUCCAGCUGCAGAUGGAGCAGGCGCUGGCCGGGGAGAUCCAGCCCGGGGAGAAGCGCCGCCGCAUGGCCUGCACCUGCCCCAACUGCAAGGAUGGGGAACGGAGGUCCGGGGAGCAGGGGAAGAAGAAGCACAUCUGCCACAUCCCCGACUGCGGCAAGACCUUCCGCAAGACGUCGCUGCUGCGGGCCCACGUGCGGCUGCACACGGGAGAACGUCCCUUCGUCUGCAACUGGGUCUUCUGCGGGAAGCGCUUCACGCGCUCCGACGAGCUGCAGCGCCACGCCCGGACGCACACAGGCGACAAGCGGUUUGAGUGUGCCCAGUGCCAGAAGCGCUUCAUGCGGAGCGACCACCUGACCAAACAUUACAAGACCCACCUGGUCACCAAGAACUUAGACGAAUGUAGAGAGCCCCGGACUGCCGACCGUCCCCUUUUCUACGGAGAACGUUGCCUUACCCUCUCCUCGGAUAAUGAACACUGUGUCGCUAUCUAUCGUGCGUGCUUUUAAACCUUUAUUUAAUUGCUCCGCCCCGCCCACGUGGAUUUUUCCGGUCCGGGUCUCGGGUUUCUUUGGGCGACGCCGAAGGGGCCUUUCCCCAACACGCUCUGCCGUCAGAGGACCGCCACGAUUUCCUUUGGAUCCGGGUGGGACUGGAUCCGGUGAAACGCCCCCUCUCCCAUCCCCUGCCCGCCCCCUUCCCCCCCACCCCCCAUGUACAGUGUAUAUUGUAUCAUAGACGAUAUCGCCUUUUUUUUGUCAGCGGCUACAUGUUUCAGAAACAUAUUGCUUGUUAUUUUUGAGGCUUUUAAAUUAAAAGACAAAUCCACUUUAUUUUUAGUUGUAACUGCUUGAGGUAUGUUCAUGAACUAAGUUACCAGAUUUGUUAUCCUUUGUUAACGCUGUACCUCGACGGCCAGUGUGGAGUUGGCCGACGAGAACUUUUUCUUGCUAAUAAAUUUAGUUGCCAGAGGCAAA